UUCAAUGAUUCUCAGAGACAGGCCACAAAAGAUGCUGGGACAAUAGCAGGGCUGAAUGUGAAGAGGAUCAUCAAUGAGCCAACGGCUGCUGCUCUCGCAUAUGGCUUGGAAAAAAAUCUCAGCGGCGAGAAAAACGUGCUAAUAUUCGAUCUGGGAGGAGGAACCUUUGACGUCUCCAUUUUGACAAUCGACGAGGGAUCACUCUUUGAGGUUCUCUCCACAGCUGGUAACACACAUCUUGGCGGAGAAGACUUCGACAAUCGCAUUGUGGAUCACUUUGUGAAAGAAUUCAAGAAAAACUUUAAGAAAGAUCUCAAAAACAAUCCGAGAGCACUUCGUCGCCUGAGGACUACCUGUGAGCGAGCCAAACGAACACUGUCAUCCAGCACUCAAGCUAAUAUAGAGAUCGACUCCUUAUCCGAGGGGAUCGAUUUCUACUCUAAGAUAACCCGAGCCAAGUUUGAAGAACUAUGCAUGGAUCUCUUUCGCUCCUGCCUCGAACCAGUGGAAAAGGCGCUAAGGGAUGCAAGGCUUGACAAAAAUCAAAUCCACGAGGUGGUUCUGGUUGGGGGCUCUACAAGGAUUCCAAAGAUACAGAAACUUUUAGAAGACUUCUUCGAUGGUAAACAGCUAAACAAGUCUAUUAACCCAGACGAAGCUGUAGCUUACGGUGCUGCAAUCCAGGCUGCCAUUCUAUCCGGGGACCAAAGCUCAGAGAUCAAGGAUGUCCUGCUACUUGAUGUUGCACCCUUAAGUCUCGGCAUUGAAACCGCUGGUGGAGUGAUGACAACACUGAUUGAACGCAAUACGAGAAUCCCAACCAAGGUGUCAAAAGAGUUUACUACAUACUCAGAUAAUCAGCCAGCUGUUACCAUUCAGGUGUUUGAAGGAGAGCGUGCCCUGACCAAAGACAACAAUGAACUGGGACGAUUUGAGCUGAGCGGAAUCCCACCCGCUCCCCGGGGCGUGCCCAAAAUUGAAGUCUCUUUGGAUAUUGAUGCCAACGGGAUCUUGAACGUGUCCGCGAAGGAUCAGAGCACUGGAAGAACCAACACCAUCACUAUUACCAACGACAAGGGAAGGUUGUCCAAAGCUGACAUUGAUCGCAUGGUGGCUGAAGCCGAGAGAUACAAGGAAGAAGACGAGAAGCAACGUCAAAAAAUCUCAGCCAGAAACAGCUUGGAAAACUAUGCGUACAACGUCAAACAAUCGAUUGAAGACCCGAACGUGGAGAACAAACUCAGUUCUGCAGAUCUGGAGGCGGUAAAAAGCAAGGUGCAAGAAGUAAUCGCUUGGUUGGACAGAAAUUUGCAGGCAGGCAAAGAAGAGUACGAAGAAAAAGAGAAAGAUCUACAGGGACUGUGUUCACCAAUCAUGGCCAAGUUAUAUGGACAGCAGCAGAGCACCGACGGGUCCUGCAAUGGACCCACAGUAGAAGAAGUUGAUUAAGUGAUAAGUUACUGUUUUUGGACAUUCAUAACUGUUUUUAAAAUGAUUAGAUGAUUAUGUAUUUUUUUAGUUUUUUUGCAUGCAUGAUAUUGUAAAAAUAUUUUACUUCACAUCAUUUGGAACAAGUAUCCUUUAAGCGUACAAUAAAAGUAUUAGCAUACACAGUAUGAUUUAGGUCAGUCGUUACAAAAACUAUUUGGAUGUGCUCUCUGAAAAUUAGCAAACGUUAGUUAUACGGAUUUUUUACAAGCCCUAGCUGAGUAUUGUCGAAGUGUCUUUUUUUUUAAUGUAGCGGAAUGUAUGUAAUGUAGGAAACAACUUCUAGUCAAACAUUGCGAAUGUAAUGCUACUUUGGCUAUUAUGAACGAAGAGAAGCAAAAACAAAUCAAAAUGUGCGUAUUAUGGGCCGUUGGAAGACAGAUGAAUAAAUUCAGAAUGGCAAACUAGUUAAGAGUUGAAAGUUACAUUUCUUAAGUUUCCAUUCCCAAUAGUGUCUGGCAACCUAUUGAUGAUAAUGGUACCACCUGUAAGGGAAUGCGUUUUCAAUUCAGCGCGAAUCACUUACCCCAGAGUUAAAAAAUAUUAAAUACAGAGAUGAAGAAAACAAUGCGCUGGAGCUCUCGUUUAUAAGUUAAGCCGAUGGAAGUUAAUUUGCACCGUUUACUUGAUCUUGUUUCGUUUUAACGAGUGAAAAAUAGGUUGUAUAUCUGGUUCAUGUAUAUGGCGGUUCAAAGUAUUUUGGAUAUACAAAUCAUGUAAAAUUUAUUGACUUGCAUGAUUUUUUUUUACAUUUUUGGAAAUCCCAUUUGAUGCUGAAACACAGUAAAAGAAGAAAUGUGAAAUGUACCUGCAAAGUUGCUGUUAGUGAGGGGAUCAGUUGUAAUGAGUGGUAAUAAAACGAAAACAAUUCCCUAAGUAGGAUCAGAAUUGGAAGCUUGUUACUUUAGGGAUGGUCGACUUCAGAAAUCCUGAAGAAACGUCUCUUUCAACUGCUGUGCGCUGAAUCAAGCUUUCAAAAAAAACCAUUCUCUAAGUAAUUAGGUACUUCGUGUCUGUACAGAUUGCUAUUCCAUGCAAAGACUGAUACAAGUGAAGUCUACUGCUUAAUCUGUUCAUUUUCCUGCUUCUCCUUCUUUUUACACGCAUAGCUGUUUGUUGGUGUUUCUGAAGUUUGAUUGAAUGACAGAAAGCUGAUGAUAGAAAGGCCGCUCGCUUUUUCCGUUU